CUACGGACCGGUUCGGUCGCAACGGCUUAAGCGAAACGGUUUUCCGGCAUCCGAGGUGCGUGCGUGCGGCAAACGGUGAAUCCGACGGUGUGUACGUGUGAUUUCGCGUGUGAGUGUGUGUAACGACGCAGGAUUGUUGCUGUGGUGCUGUGUGCAUCGGUGAGCCUCUUCCCCAAUCGGUUCGGUGUCGGUGGAAACAUUUUCCACGCGUACCACCGCUUUCCCGGGUGUGCGAAGCGAAGCAGGUGGAAAACUUUUUCUCGAGUUUUUGUUUUUGCUCUAGUGGUGCUGUAGCGGUUUAUUUGUGUUUGCUGUGCGAGGGAAGGUAAAAAAAGGCAUUGGCCGAUAAGUGUGAGCAAAAAUUGAGUUUCAAUCGCAGCAUCCAGGCUGGCUGACAAGAGUGGGUAGCGGAAUAGCAGCAGCGAGUAAGGCAAUAAACCUCCGGCAAAGCAAAAAUUUGAACAGCAUUUCGGGCUGUGUGGUGUGUGCAUGUUGUUGGGAGCAAGGUGGAUUAGAGUUGUGGUGUGCUCGAGAAAAUAGAAUGUGUAAAAUCGCCCCGAUCGAAUGCUGAUUACUGUGGAGUUCUGUUGUGUCAAAGUGAUAAAGUGUUUCAAAAAGCUCGAUUAGCUACGUCCGAUUUACAGGUGUGCGUGUGUGGUGAGCUUCUUUUUUUUGCAAUCUAAAUCACCCGGAGAGCUUUGGCAAAGCUUUGUCAACGGCGAACGAUGAUAGCGUGAAAGUAUUUCCUACUCGUGCAACAACAGCAAAAGAAUGCGAAAAAAGUGAACUCUGUGGCCAGUGGCAAAAAAAGUGUGAAAUAAUUAUAAAAAAUAUGUACAAAAAUUACACAAAAAAUCGUGAAACCUGCUCGUAUCAACCGGCUACCAACAGCUAAAUGCAUCAAUUCGUAACGUUUAAAAACUCAGACGAUCAUAGUAGCCGGCGCCCGAUUUCAUCACCGAUCGGCCGUCAGCAGUUACGUCAAUUCAAACCUUACUCUUGGAUCGAGUUGAACAAACUUGGAGUCCUACCGGCAAGAACACAAUCGUGCAGUGGCAUCAUCACAGAGCAGAGCAACUAAUUAGAGACAAUUUAACCAACCGCGUGCAGUUUAGACCCGCUGGCAGGGUUCGGUGUGUGUGCCGUUUCCUUCUCGAGUGUGCAGUGUUAAUAGCAAAUAAUAACAGAAAGAAAGGUGUAUACUGAGACGGCAGACACGGUUCAGGCAGAGACGCACCAACUACAAACACACACACACAGAGGGCAAGCGGAUAUUCUGAUGGGUUGUAGACUUCCCAGUGUCCAGGACAACUGAUAUGGUCAUAUAAAUGUCGCUUAAAAAGGCUUUCGAUGGUGGAUACAGAUCUGAACAUCUCCACCAUGUGGAGUCGAUGGAAGACAUCGAUUCUACUGUUAACGGUCUGCUGUUGGAUUGUUGAGCAUACGCCGACGGUGGCGGGUGUGGCCGGUGUGGCCGCCGGUUCUAGUCACAACUACAAGAUCAACCCGAAGCCCUGCACGGUGAACAGCAUCGAGGGGACCUGCAUGUUCGUCUGGGAAUGCAUCAAAUCCGAGGGUCAGCACGUGGGCAUGUGCAUGGACCAGUUCAUGUUCGGGUCCUGCUGUUCGCACAAUCUCACCGAAAAUGUGAUACCGCACAACCACCACCAGACGUUGAUGGGUUAUCGGCCCAAACCGACGCCAUCACCAUACCAGGGUGGGAAGUAUAAACCACCAAGGCCAAGUACUUUUGUCAGUAGUAAUGGCUACACGACCAUCUAUCGACCGAAUGGCAGUGGAACGCUGGUGAUACGGCCGUCCCACAAUCAUCACCAGCAGUCACAUCACAGCACCUAUCAUCACAGUAAGCCCGGCCAUGGUUCCUCGACCGGUAGCAAUGGCGUCGGCGCUAGUAGUUCUAGUGGUGGCACAUUCGUCACCGGCAGCAAUCACUUUAGUCAAAAGCCAACCGAAGGCACUGUAAAUAAACAUUCUACCUUAUCGACGCUAGUACAGCAGCAAUCGGGACCAAUCGUCCAGGACCAGGAGAUGGCGGCCAGUGCAGCGACGGGCGUCUUUACCACCCACUGGCAGGCGACGACCGAGCCGAGUUUCAUUACGCGGACGAAACCGCCGAAACCAAACAAACCGUCCAAGAAACCGAUCCUGUCCAUCUCGAACAACAUUCAAAGCACCGUGCUGAAACCAAAACCAUCGGCAAAGCCGACUAAGCAAAGUACUACGAGCACUAGUACCACUACCACCACGACAACGACGACGACGACGACCACCACCACGACUCCAAGGCCUACGACACGAAGAACAACAACACCGUCCACGACCACCAGCACCACCACAACGACCACGGCCAAGCCCACCACCACCAUCGCUUCCAGCAGCUCAACAGGUCCGCAACUGCUCGCAGCAUCCCCAUCUGUGAUUGACGUCGACGAUGCCGCGCCGUCCCUUUCGUCCUACACAACGGCACCGGGCCGAUACACGAUUUCCGCAGCAAGAAACGCUGAAUGCGGCAUUCAAACGAUGGGCCGCCCGGAGACAAGGAUCGUCGGUGGCAAAAAUGCGCCGUUCGGACGCUGGCCCUGGCAGGUGUCGGUGCGGCGGACGUCAUUUUUCGGAUUCUCAAGCACCCACCGGUGUGGGGGAGCCGUCAUAAAUGACAACUGGAUAGCGACGGCAGGCCAUUGUGUCGAUGAUCUUUUAACGUCGCAGAUACGAAUACGGGUUGGCGAGUACGACUUCUCACACGUGCAGGAACAGCUGCCAUACAUCGAGCGUGGCGUCGCCCGGAAGGUGGUCCAUCCGAAGUAUAACUUCUUCACGUACGAGUUCGAUCUGGCGCUGGUGAAGCUGGAACAGCCGCUCGUCUUUGCACCGCACAUCAGCCCGAUAUGUUUGCCGGCGACGGACGAUCUGCUGAUCGGCGAGAAUGCGACCGUUACCGGUUGGGGUCGGCUGAGCGAAGGCGGCACAUUGCCAUCCGUGCUGCAAGAGGUGUCCGUUCCGAUCGUGAGCAACGACCGGUGCAAAUCGAUGUUCCUGCGCGCCGGCCGGCACGAGUUCAUACCGGACAUUUUCCUGUGCGCCGGGCACGAGACGGGUGGGCAGGACUCGUGCCAGGGCGAUUCCGGUGGACCAUUGCAGGUGAAAGGCAAGGAUGGUCACUACUUCCUGGCGGGCAUCAUAUCGUGGGGAAUUGGCUGUGCUGAAGCAAACCUACCGGGUGUUUGUACGCGAAUAUCCAAGUUUGUGCCGUGGAUCAUGGAAACCGUUCUGUGAUAAUCACGCAUGUUGCCGACUCGGAAGAUGGACAGUGUGUGCAAGCCAAACCAGUGGGAAUUGACGUGUGAGAAAGAAAACGAAAAAAAAAAUUGCAAACGAAACAGAGUGUAAAUAGCUUUGCUAAAAUAAGACGCGCAAAAAAGAAAGGGCAAUCGAGAAAUAGGCAAUAAGAAGCUUUAUUUAAAAACAAACAAACACUAACUAGUAUAGCAACACAAUCGGCAAACGAGAAGAAAUGCUGGGUGAAUCGAUAAAAUAAUUUAAAAACACAUGUAGCAAAGCUUAACAAUUUGAAACUGCCGUGUGGAAAAUAAAACAAACUGGACAACAGCAAGAAGGCAGUAAGAUGCAACCAGUAUUUCUAGUGAAAUGAAAGGCAGCGAAAGGAAAAUGGUGUAAAUAUGGCUGAACCUUGCGAAGGUCAGCAAAAGGGGAUGCAUAUAGAUACAUAGAAACGCGAAAUGUGUACGAAAGGUGCUACAACAGUUAUACGCCAAGUUUUUCUGAAAGAUUAGAAGAAAACUAUUCACCUGUGUAAAUAAUACAUAUCCUACAGGAGCAAUAACCACGAGAGUAGUGCGGCGAACGAAGGAUUAAAUUAAUUUGUACAUACAUUCUUCUGUACGCGCGGUCAGCCAGCCGCGCGCCAGGUCGCUAAGCAUCUGCCCGAAUCAUGUUCAUUAAUAUUAAUUAUUAUUAUUUUUAUUAUUGCGCCUCUUUUCUGUUUUGUUUUCCUGGAAGUUAUAGCGUUAUUCGUGUUCGUCGUGUUCACAAUGGCAUUCCUGUUAAUAGCUGAUUAUUAUCAUUACUUCACACAUACCGGUGUAUUUAUAGGUCGCUGUCGCCGAUCAGUAGCAGUAGUAGUAGCAGUAGCGGAAGAGUAUAACUAGUAAAUAAUAUUCUAAUUUCCAAAGAAACGUAUUGCACUGCA